AUGGAUACAUCAGCAAAAGUGCCAGUCAAGCUCGCUACCGUCGUCAAGGUCCUUGGUCGGACUGGCUCCCGUGGAGGUGUCACACAGGUCCGCGUAGAGUUCAUGGACGAUCCCACCCGAACAAUCAUCCGGAAUGUGAAGGGACCCGUACGGGAGAAGGAUAUUCUGGCACUUCUGGAGAGUGAGCGUGAGGCGCGGCGUCUCCGCUGA